CGAAAACCCAGACCAGAGGCACACAAUAUGUGCUGGCUCGCAAAAAGGAGGCAGGAUCCUUUAAAAGCAUGUAAUGUAAUCAGGGAAAUGUAAAAGAUCUCGCCGUUUUGGUAGAAUAAAGUCUCGAUCGGAAAAAACCUACAUCAUGUCCAAGCUCGGAGAAAAAGGCCGGUUGAAUGAAGAUCACGGGAGAAAGCAGAGUUCAAGUUUGGCGAACGGAAUGGAAAACAGCCAUCCCGUUUGCAGCUCAGGGGAGAAACGUAGUCACCACUGGAGGAGUUACAAGUUGAUUAUUGACCCAGCGUUGAAAAAGGGAUCGCAUAAAGUCUAUCGCUACGAUGGACAGCAUUUUAACAUGCCCAACACGGGCAUGCCGCCGGUGGAUACCGUCCGGGACCCGAGAAUCGGUCGUCUCUGGACCAAGUACAAGGAGACCGAUCUCCCGGUUCCGAAGUUCAAGAUCGAUGAAUGUUACGUCGGCCCUGUCCCUCCAAAGGAGGUGACAUUCGCGAGGCUGAACGACAACAUUCGGGAAGGUUUUUUGACAGACAUGUGCAAAAAGUACGGGGACAUAGAGGAGGUGGAAAUUUUGUACAAUCCCAAGAACAAAAAACAUUUGGGAAUAGCUAAAGUCCUGUUCGGUUCUGUAAAGGCGGCAAAGGAUACUGUUCAAAAUCUUCACAACACUUCUGUGAUGGGAAAUAUCAUCCACGUGGAGCUCGACCCUAAAGGUGAAAACCGAAUGAGGUACUUCGAGCUCCUGAUCAACGGUUUUUACACCCCUCGGACGCUACCGGUAGGGGGCGAGGACACCCGAGAGGUCUCCCCCCGAAGCCUGGCCGACGCUCUGCUGGCCAUUGAACCGGUUAAGAGGCUGUCUGAAGGCAGCUCUUCCACGCUGGGGGGGCCCACCACCCCUAACAGCAUCACCACCCCCCUCUCCCUGGACACGGCCUACUCCAGCCUAAGGCAGGACACGCCCAACAGCUUCGGGCACACGCCGCAGUCCCAGGGCACCCCUCACACCCCGCGGCUGGCCGGCACCCCCUUCUCUCAGGACUCCAGCUACUCCAGCAGGCAGACCACCCCGGCCUACCAACCCAACCGGGCUGAAAGCUCGGGGGGUUACAAGGCCCGGAGGCACGAAACCAAAUUCCAGGAUGCCUACAACCGCAGGCCCGAGCGCCACUACGUGCACAACACCAGCGGGGCCUACCGGAGCUCGGAGCAGUCGUCCUUCUCCAGCCCCUCCUUCAAGCCCCAGCCGCCCCCGCCCCCGCCCGAACCGACGCCCACCCCGCCGCCCGUCAGCUCCAGCUACAAGUCGGCUUUCUCGCCCUACCAGGCGCCCCCUCCCCCCGUGUACCCCCACACGGAGCCCCCGCUCCACCACCCGCCCCGGGAGCAGGAGUACCGUAGGCUCCCGCCGCCGCCUCCGGCCGCCAAGCCCUUCCCUCUGGGCGGCGCCUCCGCCAGUGCGGCGUGCGUCGACUUCGUGCCGGUGAAGGAGAAGCCGGAGACGCCGCCCCUGCCCGACCCCCCGCCAUCCGCCGAGCCCUUCCCCGCAGCCCCACCAAGCCAGACGCCCGAGCGGUGCUCAUCCCCCGGCACGCCCACCCUGGAGUCAGAGCGCAACAGCCUGGACUCCCGCAUCGAAAUGCUGCUCAAAGAGAAGAGGACCAAGCUGCCCUUCCUGAGCGAGAGGGAUUCGGACACCGAGGUGCGCAUGGAGGGCAGCCCCAUCUCCUCGUCCUCCUCCCAACUCUCCCCCAUACCCCCCUACACCGCCAGCUCCCAGCCCGGCUACCGCGAGGCCACCCCCGCCUCCCGGCCCUCCAGCACCGGCUUGGAGGACAUCAGCCCCACCCCUCUGCCCGAUUCGGACGAGGACGAGCCCAUCCCGGGGACGGCCUCCUUGGUGCGGAGCUCGGGGGCCUCCUCGCCCUGCGACGCCCUCUCCCAGGGCAAGACAGACAGAGGCAAGAGGAAGGACACCACCUCCGGGGGCCAGACGCCCACUGACAAAAUGGACGUGAGCCACCAGUCCUCCGGUGAAGACAUGGAGAUCUCGGACGAUGAGAUGCCCGGUACCCCAAUCGCCAGCGGCGAGUGCGCCAAGGGCAUCGUGGUCAACUCCUCUGUGUCCUCCCUGCCCCCCCAAGCCAUUCCCAUCCCCCCUCCGGGCUUCCCACCCCUGCCCCCUCCCCAGGCAGGCUUCCCGCUGCCGCCCCCUCACCUGCCCCCGCACCCGGCCGUCCCCGGGCCCCCCCCGCCCCUGCCCGCGCCCCCACCCGGGGUGCCCCCCCACCCCAUGCUCCACCCCCUGCACCCGUACCCGCCCAACAUGAUGCCCAUGAUGCAGAUGGACCUGGUGAGCUGCCUGCCGCAGUGGGGCAGCAUGCAGAUGUCCUUCCAGAUGCAGACGCAGAUGCUGAGCCGGAUGAUGCAGGGCCAGGGGGCAUACCCCUAUCCUCCCUUCAUGGGCGGGGCCGGUGGUGGGGCCAUGCAGUUCGGGAACCCGUACCGCCCCUUCUCCAUAGGAGGCGGGCCGUCCGCCAGCAUGGGGCACGGGCAGCCCUGGCCCCUCCCCACCAUGCCUAAAUUCAACCCGGCAGUACCCCCACCGGGGUAUGAGCCCAAGAAGGAGGACCCGCACAAGGCCACUGUGGACGGGGUGCUGAUGGUCAUCGUCAAGGAGCUGAAGGCCAUCAUGAAGAGGGACCUCAACCGCAAGAUGGUGGAGGUGGUGGCCUUCAGGGCCUUCGACGAGUGGUGGGACAAGAAGGAGCGUUCGGCCAAGGCGUCUCUCACCCCGGUGAAGUCGGGAGAGGGGAAGGAGGAGGAGAAGGAGAAGGAGAAGCCCAAGCCCAGGGAGCCCAUGGCCUCCAGCCUGCUGGAGAACUGGAACAAGGGCGAGGGGCUCGGGUACGAGGGCAUGGGGCUGGGCAUCGGCCUCCGGGGCGCCAUCCGGCUGCCCUCCUUCAAGGUGAAGCGGAAGGAGCCCCCAGAGCAGGCCUCCACGGGGGACCCCAAGAGGGUGCGCCCCUCCACACCUGUAGACGACGAGCUGGAGGAUGAAGAGUCUGAGCGGGACACCGACAUGACAGACCUCCCUUCUGACAUGUCUAAAAAGGACGGGGAUGUCUCGGCUGUCAGGCGACGGCACGCGAGGCCCCUGGAGCUGGACAGCGAAGGGGAGGAGGAAGAGGAGACUUCUGGGAAGGAGGGAGAGUCCUCGUCAGACAAAGAGGAGCCGGAGGAGGGGGAGACGUCUGACAGGCUCUCCUCUGGCAAGGAGUCCGAGGAAGGUGACGACGAGGAAGAUGAGGAAGACGAGGAGGAUGAAGAAGAAGUGGACUCUGACAGCAGCGAGAGGGAAGAGUCGUCUGAUGAGGAAGUUGCCAGCUCGGCCUCGUCGAAAGCGGACUCGGACUCCUCUUCCUCAGAGAGCGAAGACUCCUCUGACUACGACUCGAGCUCUGAGGAGCACGAGGAUGAGGACGAGGAUGUUGAAGCGGAGGACGAGGACGAAGACGAGGAGGAAGAGGAGCCCCGGGCGUCCUCGUCCGAAGAGGAGGAGGAGCCAGAGGUUAAGCCCCCGGCGACGCCCACGGCGCCUGUCCCGCCGGACGAGGAGCUGGAGAUGGCCCUGCUCGGGGUGGCGGAGCGGGGCCUGGGGGACUCGGAGUUGAGGGAGGAGACGGAGGAGGAGCUGCAGCACAGGGUCUAUCUGGAGGGGGACGAGCUGGUGGCCUCCAUCAGGACCAGGCUUGAGGACCCCAUUGCGCACAUCCUGCCCCCCGACCCAGAACACGACCUCCGACCCCCCUCGCCCAAAGGAGUUCCAGUAGAGGAGCCGGAGAUCGAGGUGGAGCCUGACCUCCCGGAGGUGAAGCCGGAACCGCUGGAGGACUUCGGCAACCUUCGCCCUCCCACCCCGACGGGGUCGCUGGCGGACAGUGACCUGGAUGUGCGGCUCAAGAACAAGUUCUCCUCCCCCACGGCGGAGGAGGAGGAGCUUCCCCGCACCCCGGGCCGAGAGGCCGCCGCCCUGCUGGAGCCAGAGGUGCCCGUCGACAAGCUCCUGCCCCCGUCCUCCUCCUCCUCCGCGUCCCACCCGCCCCCGUCUGCCGUCCCCACCAUCGAGGUCCAGCCCCUGCUGCUGCCUGAGCUCCCCAUCACCACCCGGCUCUCCACAGACGAGGACCUGCCUCGCACCCCUGGGAGGGACCUGAUGGGCAAGGCGGCCAAGUGCCUGGGGAAGUCCCAGAGCACGGAGACCGUCCCCAUCACUCCGGGCAGCGAGGCGCCCCUGACGGGGAGCAGCCUGACCCUCAGCUCCCCACACAUCCCCGGCAGCCCUUUCUCGUACCCCUCCCAGUCCCCCGGGGUGAGCGCCGGGAUCCCGCGGACCCCAGGGAGGGACUUCACCUUCACCCCGACCUUCCCUGACCCCACCGCCCCAGCCUUCAGCAUCCCCAUCCACAGGAAGGCGUCGUCCGACAGCCUGGAGGAGAGGCUGCUGUUCAAGGAGCCACCCCCCAGCGCAUCUCCCCUCGGCCCCCUCCCUGGGCAGGCGCAGGCCCCCCCCUGCCCCGGCCCGCUCCCCGGUGAGUCCCCCAGGGACGCUGAGCCACCCCUGCCGAGCCCCUGCCCCUUGCUGACGGGGCCCACCCUAAAUGCGACCAGCUUGCCAAAGGACCAGCCCGCCGACCAGCUGCCGGAGCCGCCCGUGCCUCCCGACGUCACCCCACCCAAGAGGAAGCCGGGGCGGCCCAAGACGAAAAAGACCCCCGUGGCGGCCCCGCCCCAGGAGGCGGAGGAGCCCCGGGCAGCCGACGUGCCCCCCUCCCUGCCCCCCGACCUCCCGGUCAGGGACCUGUUCCCGGAUGCCACAGCGAUCGCUGAGGCGGCGGCGGAGCCCCAGGCGAAGCCGCCGCCCCCGCCCCUGCCGCCGCUCCCGCCCCCCGCGGAGCUGGAGAACCGGCUCCUGGAGGAGGAGCUGCUGCAGAAGCCGCAGCGGAGGGUCCGGCGCAGGCAGGAGGAGCUGCUGCUGGCCAUGCACUCCCCUGUGGCCUCCCCGCCCCGCCCCUGCUUCCGCCCGCGCACCGACUUCGAGGAGAUGACCAUCCUCUACGGCAUCUGGAACGAUGGCAUCGACGAGGAGGACAUCCGCCACCUGCAGAUCACUUACGACAAGAUGCUGCAGCAGGACAAUGGCAACGACUGGCUCAACGACACCCUCUGGGUGCCACAUCCUCCCACCAGCAACGCCACCGUGAAAAGGAAGAAGCGCGAUGACGGGAUGAGGGAUCACAUGACCGGCUGUGCCCGCAGCGAGGGCUACUACAAGAUCGACAAAAAGGACAAAGUGAAAUACCUCAACAGCGCACGGCCGCUGAUGGACGAGCCCCCCGUGGACACGCAGGGGAUGAGUAUCCCGGCACAGCCGCACAUCUCCACCCGGGCUGGGUCCGAGCGCCGGUCCGAACAGCGCCGGUUGCUCUCCUCCUUCAGCUGCGACAGCGAUCUCCUCAAGUUCAACCAGCUCAAGUUCCGCAAGAAGAAAAUCCGCUUCUGCAAGAGCCACAUCCACGACUGGGGCCUGUUCGCCAUGGAGCCCAUCGCUGCCGACGAGAUGGUCAUCGAGUACGUGGGCCAGAACAUCCGACAGGUAAUCGCGGACAUGCGGGAGAAACGCUACGAGGAUGAGGGCAUCGGCAGCAGUUACAUGUUCCGGGUGGACCACGACACCAUCAUCGACGCCACCAAGUGCGGCAACUUCGCCAGGUUCAUCAACCACAGCUGCAAUCCCAACUGCUACGCGAAGGUCAUCACGGUGGAGUCGCAGAAGAAGAUCGUGAUCUACUCCCGGCAGCCCAUCAACGUCAACGAGGAGAUCACCUACGACUACAAGUUCCCCAUCGAGGAUGAGAAGAUCCCCUGCCUCUGCGGGGCAGAAAACUGCAGGGGCACCCUCAACUAGGGCGGAGUGCGGGAAAGAGCCGGGGCACCAUGAAAGAGAGCCGGGGCAUCAUGAAAGCAGGCAGGGCAUGGGAAGAUUCAGCGUACCCUGAGCUAUAGCAUAGCACAGGGAGCUGAGGGGCACUCUGAGCUAGAAUGGGGGCCUUUGAAAAGUUGAGGUACCCUGAACUGGAGCAGGGCACAGGGAACUGAGUGGGGUACCCUGAGCUAGAACGGGGGCCUUUUAAGAGCCAGGGCACCCCAAGCUAGAUCAGGGCACGGGGAACCGUGGGGAACCGUGGGGCACCCCGCGCUAAAGCGAGUCCAAACUCUGCACCCCGUCCUGCUGUUCCUUUUCACCCCCGUGAUCUCUCAGACCAGUCUGGACCCACUGCAUGGUUGCACUAUGCCAAAAAAAAAAAAAAAACAAAAACAAUCAAGCUCACACACAAACUACAAAACGAACUGGGGGAGUGAAAACCAGAACAGCAGCAUGACAAGGGCACAGUGGUCAGUCACACCAUGGCUCCACGCUUCCUCCAUCAGCUCUCGUGCGGCUAGGUGUCCCUAAUGAUUUUUAUUUUUCCAUUUCUCGCUGUUUACAGUUUCAGGUGCUUUCUUAAACAUUUCAUAUGUUUCCCACAUUUUUAGUUCUCCGUUGCGUGCAUGAACGACACUAGACCCUUCACCUCACCCUACCUCCAGCUGCUUUAACGUUUUACAUUGCGGUUCCGUUCACUAACCUGCCUCGUUCACUGUCCCAACUCCUCACAGCGUCCCACCCACGGUACUCUCACUGCCCCCAACCCCCCACCCCUGACAAAAACAAACAAACAAAAAAAAAAACGCUGCUACGUGCUCUGUCACGGGUGUCAACGAGUACGAAGAGAAUCUGUCCCUCCCUUUGAAGCGCGGGCGCAGCCUUGUGUUUAAAUGUGAAAAGCGGACGUCAGAGUCUGACUGAUCGAUUUGUUAGGUUUCUUCCCUCCUUUUCUCGGUUUCGAGGAGGCUGUGGGGAGAGUCCGGUCUGGCCUCGUGUUCCCGUACAGCAGUUUCUGAAGGAACCGGCGUCGUUAGGACCCCCGGGAGAGGUCCGACGACGACGACGGCGGCGGCGGCGCUGUGUCUUUGCUGCUAAUAGACUGACCAUGCUGCAGUGAGGAGUGUGCGCUAGUGGGAAAGGCUGUUGUUGGUGCUGCUUCCCCCCUGUAAUGCGACCGUGAGGGUCUGUGUAGCGAACGCUACCUGCGUAAUGGCUGAUGUUCUCAAUAUUUACCUCAUCCAUCUCGUUCCUCU